AUGAUUCGUGACUAUGAGAUCAGUACAGCAGUUGUGUCCAUCGUAUAUGGAGCAAACUUUCUUGGGUGGUUUCUCGCGGCUCUUACAAACACACAUCUGAGUCAAAAGUUCAAUCUUGGAGGACUGCUCACGUUCGGCGCAUUUUUCCAAGUACUAGCUCACGCUCUUCGUGUGUGGAAGCCUCCCUUCCCCUUCUUUGUUGUCACGUUUUGGCUCGUGUGCCUUGGACAGGCCUACCAGGAUGCGGGGGCCAACGCUUACGUCGCCAGUGUGAAAGCUGCACAUCGUUGGCUUGCGUUCAUCCACGCCCUGUACAUGGCUGGGUGCCUCGUUGCGCCGUUUGUCGCAACACCGAUUGCUUCGACUGGUAGGAUUUCUCGAUGGUAUCUUUUCUAUAUUUUCCCACUGGCCGUCGGCGUUGUGAACUUUGCUUUGACCUGUUAUGCCUUUCGGGAUACCAUCAGCAUAGGACGCAAGCGGGUCACAUCAGAGCGAGGUCGGCCGGAGACCGACGCUGAAGCGAAGAAGAGCGCAUUAGAACUGAUGAGAAAAACUCUGAUGACUAAGUCACUAUGGAUGAUUAGCUUGUUCUUCUUCUUUCUCCUCGGGGCGACUAUCACGGCUAGUGGAUGGAUCGUUGAAUACCUUGUCGAAACCCGCAAUGGCAAUCUCGAACACAUGGGUUAUGUCCCAGCCGGCUUCAACGGUGGAGCUAUGCUGGGCCGCUUGCUCCUGGCUGAGCCCACCUACCGCCUUGGCGAGCGAAGAAUGGUUUUGGUCUAUGUAGUUCUCUGCAUUGCUUUCCAAUUGGUUUUCUGGCUGUCUGCUGACUGGAAUCAUAGUGUUCCGAAUAUCAUUGCUGCUUCAGUGGCUAUGAGCUUCGUAGGGUUCUUCUCCGGCCCCUUUUUUGCAACAGUAAGUUGUCCGAGUAGUCGACAUCCAGUUCUGGUCUGA